UGCUCGUAGUGCGCGGCGCGUAUAAAACAGCGCGCAGAGACGAUUGCCGAAUCAUUUCCAGUCACAUAGUUCGUAGCCCAGCAGCCGGCGAGCUACAAUCCGAAUCCUUGGCAACUUUCGACAUCAGGAGAAAUGGCAGCUUGUUUUAUUCUGAGCGCGCUCUUGCUCGCCAGCCCGGCGGUGUGGGGCAAGCCUUCAUUUGGACGGGAGCACGUCCACAUUCGCAUCCACCUGCCCGAAAGCGGUGGAGAUCAUGGUGAUCAUCACGGAGGCGGUGGUGGCGGCGGAGGAGGAGGCUAUGAGAUUCACUCACAUGACGGUGGCCAUGGAGGCGGUGGCGGCGGAGGAGGCUACGAGAUUCACUCCCAUGACGGUGGCCAUGGAGGUGGUGGCGGCGGCGGAGGAGGCUAUGAAAUUCACUCCCAUGACGGUGGCCAUGGAGGCGGUGGUGGUGGCGGCGGAGGACACGUCAGUACCUAUGCCAUAAUCACCGAGAACCACGGUGGAUCAGGCGGCUACAGCUCUGGUGGACAUGGCUCCGGAGGCUACAGUUCUGGUGGCUACAGCGCCGGCGGACAUGGCUCUGGCGGACAUGGUUCUGGCGGACACGAUGAUGCUCAGAUUGCGGCUAUUGCAGCUGCAGCUGGCUCUUCCUCCCACGGAUCAUCGGGUGGCGGCGGAUACAGUUCUGGGGGCUACAGCUCAGGUGGCUACAGCUCCGGCGGACAUGGUUCUGGCGGACACGAUGAUGCUCAGAUUGCGGCUAUUGCAGCUGCAGCUGGCUCUUCCUCCCACGGAUCUUCGGGUGGCGGCGGAUACAGCUCUGGUGGACACAGCUCUGGAGGCUACAGCUCCGGUGGCUACAGCUCUGGCGGACACGACUCUGGCCAUGCCAUCGCCAAUAUUGCGGCAAUUGCAGCUAGCUCUGACUCCUCCUCUCACGGUUCUUCGGGUGCUGGCGGCUACAGCAACGGAGGCUACGGCUCGGGAGGCUAUAGCUCAGGAGGAGGAGGAGGCUACAGCUCUGGCGGACACGAUGAUGCCCAGAUUGCGGUCAUUGCAUCUAGCGCGGGCUCUGGCUCGGGCGGAUACAGCAGCGGAGGCUACAGCUCCGGUGGCUAUAGCUCAGGAGGUGGAGGAGGAGGAGGCUACAGCUCUGGAGGACACGGCUACAGCUCUGGCGGAGGAAGCAGCUACGAUAGCCAGGUGGUGACCGCUGCUGUCGCUUCCAGCGGAGGAUACAGCGGUGGCUCCCAUGGCGGCGCAUCCUCCGGCGGCGGAGACGGUUACAAUUACUCGCCCCCAGCUGGUGGCUGGUCGGGAUCUGGCUCCAACUGGUCGUAGGCUCUGCUGCCACGCAUUGGCCAUCCGGUCAUCUAGUCUAUUGCUCAUUCACCCAAUUCCAUUGGACUUUUAACUUAUAUACUCUCGUCUGGCUCGUUCGCUCAUCCACAUUCCACAUGUCCACAUCGAAAGGAGGCAAACUGCUCGCUCCCCUGCCUCCUUCUGCCGCUCCACAACGUUGCCGAUGUACAAAAUAAAUCAUGUUAGUGUAAUAAUUUAAA